AUGGCUGGACGAUUUCACAGUUUUGAUCCAUUAUCACCAUCUGUACUAUCACCCACAAUUGAUAAUCAAAAACAACAACAAUUAAGCUCUUUCAAUGCGGAACCACUGGAACAUCGGAAAUAUCAGACCUCAUCUGAAUCCAUAACACAGUGGUUUCAACAUAUUAUUUUCCUACGGAUUUUGAAGGCUAUUAUUUGCCUUGGACUAUAUUGCAUUCCAGUAUAUUUUAUUGCUGCAUGCAUUUUGCAGAUCUCUCUUUUGCAUCCUUUCCAAGCAGCUUUAGAUUGUUUCUCGUUGUUAUUUUCAUUUCGAAGUAUCCUGUAUUCAUUCCUCUUUACUAUUUUUGGUGCAAUUCAUGCUGCCCUGUUUGCAUUCUUCGUGUUACGUUUUGAUAGUGAAGACAGGCUGUCUUAUAAAUCCUUAAGAGCAUGGCUGAUUUAUUUUGGAUCGUUGAAUACUGCGCUCUCACAAAUUAUUUGCCUCUCAGUUGGUUCCAAUUCUCCUGAAAUUACGAGGUUUUUCAUCUAUUCACUGGUUACUACCCAGGCCGUUAUUACCUUUCAUGAAGUUUUUCAUAGAAAUUAUCGAUUAGUAUUUCCAGUUAUUGAGAUGCGACCGUAUAUGCAAUUCAAUUUCGUUUUAACACCAGCAAUUAAAAAUAUUUUGGACACAAAGUGUUCUCAAAUCCUGAAAUGGACUGCAUUUUUUAUAGUAGCUUGUGGCUUACCAUUAUUUGGUUUUUCAUUGCUACGUAAUCUUUUCGGCAUCUCUUUAUACUUUAACGCUUUGGUACUGUUAUUGGUUCACUUCUUCCUGCAUCAUAUUGCUAUAGGAUUGAUCAAAGUUUUCAUUCUUCAGAAUUAUGAAUUCUCCAUGCCACCACCUCAUGCUGUAUUAAAUCCGACACCAGAGGAACAGAGGACAUUGAUGAAUGCUCUUGAAUCUAAUGGCAUUAUAAAGGCUUUUGCAUUUUGGGAUUUACGUUCAUUAAGUGCUGCAUGUCAUCGUCGCCGUCAAAUUAUUUUUUCAUUAAGUCAGCCAGGUGGUCAUCCUCGGAACUGGAGAGCUAUAAAACUGUCUUGUCUGCGACACAUAGAGCAUCUUAGUUUGCUGUUUGAAAAUGAAAAUGACCGAAUCCGAUCUGAAACAUUUGCAAGUGUGACUGCUCCCUUAUUACCAUCAUCUGGCCAUAAUCGCCCAGCUAUUUUAGGUCAAAUGGCAUGGCAAAAAGAUGGUCUUCGUCAACGUUUAAUGCCUAUAAAUUUGCGGAAAGAAAGCAAAGAUCCUUUUCAUGCUAAUACAUUCUCAUAUUUUCUGGAUAAAUUUAAAUCUCUCAUUCAUAUCAGUCAUCAUAUUGUUUCAUUCUUCGACGUCUAUAUCGGUAUUCUUGCUAUAGAAAGUGUUUCGGCACUUAUUUGCGUAUCAUUAAAUGAGGAUCGUUUCGGUGUGGUACAAAAAGAUUUACACGAAAUAGUAUUGGUAUUGCUUCAGUUUUGUAGUCAUCUCGAAAGAUAUAUGCGAUCCGUUAAAAAGGACAAAGAAUGGCAAAACAAAACCUGUUCACCUCUUCUCACUUCAAUUACCAUGGCAUUGAGUCGUAUGCGCUUCACAUUCCCUGAAGGUUCAAUAUCCAAACUACUAAGUGUCCAAGAAGCAACUUAUUUCGAGAAACUGACGUCGUUUGAUUAG